CUUAGAAAGGAAGCUAUGGUUAAAGAACAACCAAGAACGGCCAAUCCAAAGAUUAUUUCAUCAAUUAUAGCUUCAGUGGGAGGUCUGGCUUUAUUCUUAAUUCUUGCUUCAACCAUAUUGGUCUCCCAACCCAUUGGGUCCACGGUUCGUGGGUAUUUCUAUAGUGUGUAUCAGUCCAGAAAGAUUGAUUCAUUAUCAACCCUAAUGAACCUGUUUUCUGGGUCUAAUUCUCAGUACGAUGAUUGUGGAUCUAUAUAUAUCGAUGGAGGUGAUGGCAAAGAAACUGUGGUUGACAAAAAACAGGCUCUUGAUUCUCAAAAUAAGAAUGAAUUGUCAAGUUCGAGGCAAGAGGAACCCAAGAAUUUGAAGGAUGAACUACCGCAUUCUAAUGUAACGCAGAAAGAGACGGGUAGUAGAAGUUCGGCUUCGACCAAAGUCACGGAGGAAUAGGAUGAUGAAAAUGCCCCA